CAGCAGCAGCAGAGAAAGGCAGGGACAGGGAGCAAAGCAGCAGAGAUGGAGCUGUACCAGGUGCCCGCCGGCUCGCUGGAUGCCUGGAUCGCAGAACAUCUCCAGCCCAGCGAGGAAUUCCGGCUACAGGUGAAAGACACUGUCCGGAGGAUCUGUGAUUUCCUGAAGGAGACGUGCUUUGACGACAUCAAGGUGUUCAAGACGGUGAAGGGCGGCUCCGCGGGGAAGGGGACAGCCCUGAAGAACAAUUCGGAUGCAGAUCUGGUCCUUUUCCUCAGCUGCUUCUGCAGCUACCGGGACCAGCUGGAGAACCGGGCGUCUGUGCUCGACACCAUCAGGCAGAAGCUGAACCGGUGCCGACAGACCAUCGCCUUCAGCAUUGACGUGGAGGUUUCCCAGCCGAAGGAGAAGGGCACCUGCCCGCGCUCGCUCUCCAUCAUCAUCCAGUCGAAGAGGAGGCGGGAAUCCAUCGAGGUGGACGUGCUCCCGGCCUAUGAUGCCUUAGGGCAGGUGACUCCUGGCAUCAAACCUUCCCCCCAGGUCUACGAGGAUCUGAUUCGGACCAGAGCCAAGCCCGGUGAGUUCUGCACCUCCUUCACCGAGCUGCAGAGGGACUUCGUGAAGCGUCGCCCGGCCAAGCUCAAGAACCUGCUGCGGCUGGUCAAGCACUGGUACAAAGAGCUUUCCAAGACGAUGUCGGGCUUGCCCACCAAGUACGCCCUGGAGCUGCUGACCAUCUAUGCCUGGGAGAGCGGCACCAAGGGGGCGGAGAACUUCAGCACGGCCGAGGGGUUCCGCACGGUGAUGGAGCUGCUGUGCCGGUACCAAGAGCUCUGCGUCUACUGGACCGAGUUCUACGAUCUCCAGUCCUCAGUGAUAGGGCCCCAUGUCAAACGGCUGCUGCAGGAGCCACGCCCCGUGAUCCUGGAUCCAGCCGACCCGACGGGAACCUUGGGGCAGGGAAAAAGCUGGGACCUGCUGGCGAGAGAAGCCGCCAUCUGCCGGGACCAGCUGUGCUGUAGGAACGGCCUCGGCCCCAUCCGCUGCUGGGACGUGCAGCCAGCCAGACCCAUGCAGGUGAUGGUGAAGCAGCUCUCACGGGUUGGCCUAGACCUGCGGCUGAGCCCCUACACUACCAUCUGGGAGAUUAAGGAGGAGCUCGAGCGUGCCUGGGACAUCUCUCCCUACACGCAGCACCUGGCCCUGCAGGAGCCUGGCCUGGGAAACCAGCUGCUGCUGGACGAUCAGACCCUGGCAUCACACGGCAUCUUCUACGACACCACGGUUCUGAUGCUCACGACCGAGCCCCAGGGGAUGGAGAUCUUCGUGAAGGACCAUAACAGCAGAACCAUCCCCUAUGACGUCCGCGCCAGUGACACCGUCCUGGGCCUGAAGAAGAAGAUCGAGGAUCGCACAGGUGUCUCCGCCAGCCAACAGCGCCUGACGUUCAACAGCAAAGAGCUGCAAGACGACUACACCCUCGCCCAUUACAGGAUCCGGAGCAAGAGCACGGUCUACCUGCUUUUGCGCCUCAGGGCGCUUGCGCCGCGAAACAGCUCUUUUGUGCAGCAAGCGCCGGGAGGGAGAGGAGAGGAGGAGAAACGCGGCGUGCUGGGGGAAGAGCUGGGGCGCAGAUUUGGGGAGGAAUACAAUAGAGGCAGGGAGGAGCAGCAGCAGCAGAGAAAGGCAGGGACAGGGAGCAAAGCAGCAGAGAUGGAGCUGUACCAGGUGCCCGCCGGCUCGCUGGAUGCCUGGAUCGCAGAACAUCUCCAGCCCAGCGAGGAAUUCCGGCUACAGGUGAAAGACACUGUCCGGAGGAUCUGUGAUUUCCUGAAGGAGACGUGCUUUGACGACAUCAAGGUGUUCAAGACGGUGAAGGGCAGCUCCGCGGGGAAGGGGACAGCCCUGAAGAACAAUUCGGAUGCAGAUCUGGUCCUUUUCCUCAGCUGCUUCUGCAGCUACCGGGACCAGCUGGAGAACCGGGCGUCUGUGCUCGACACCAUCAGGCAGAAGCUGAACCGGUGCCGACAGACCAUCGCCUUCAGCAUUGACGUGGAGGUUUCCCAGCCGAAGGAGAAGGGCACCUGCCCGCGCUCGCUCUCCAUCAUCAUCCAGUCGAAGAGGAGGCGGGAAUCCAUCGAGGUGGACGUGCUCCCGGCCUAUGAUGCCUUAGGGCAGGUGACUCCUGGCAUCAAACCUUCCCCCCAGGUCUACGAGGAUCUGAUUCGGACCAGAGCCAAGCCCGGUGAGUUCUGCACCUCCUUCACCGAGCUGCAGAGGGACUUCGUGAAGCGUUGCCCGGCCAAGCUCAAGAACCUGCUGCGGCUGGUCAAACACUGGUACAAAGAGCUUUCCAAGACGAUGUCGGGCUUGCCCACCAAGUACGCCCUGGAGCUGCUGACCAUCUAUGCCUGGGAGAGCGGCACCAAGGGGGCGGAGAACUUCAGCACGGCCGAGGGGUUCCGCACGGUGAUGGAGCUGCUGUGCCGGUACCAAGAGCUCUGCGUCUACUGGACCGAGUUCUACGAUCUCCAGUCCUCAGUGAUAGGGCCCCAUGUCAAACGGCUGCUGCAGGAGCCACGCCCCGUGAUCCUGGAUCCAGCCGACCCGACGGGAACCUUGGGGCAGGGAAAAAGCUGGGACCUGCUGGCGAGAGAAGCCGCCAUCUGCCGGGACCAGCUGUGCUGUAGGAACGGCCUCGGCCCCAUCCGCUGCUGGGACGUGCAGCCAGCCAGACCCAUGCAGGUGAUGGUGAAGCAGCUCUCAGGGGUUGGCCUGGACCUGCGGCUGAGCCCCUACACUACCAUCUGGGAGAUUAAGGAGGAACUCGAGCGUGCCUGGGACAUCUCUCCCUACACGCAGCGCCUGGCCCUGCAGGAGCCUGGCCUGGGAAACCAGCUGCUGCUGGACGAUCAGACCCUGGCAUCACACGGCAUCUUCUACGACACCACGGUUCUGAUGCUCACGACCGAGCCCCAGGGGAUGGAGAUCUUCGUGAAGGACCAUAACAGCAGAACCAUCCCCUAUGACGUCCGCGCCAGUGACACCGUCCUGGGCCUGAAGAAGAAGAUCGAGGAUCGCACAGGUGUCUCCGCCAGCCAACAGCGCCUGACGUUCAACAGCAAAGAGCUGCAAGACGACUACACCCUCGCCCAUUACAGGAUCCGGAGCAAGAGCACGGUCUACCUGCUUUUGCGCCUCAGGGGUGGGUAAGAUGCUCACUGGGUCGCCGGGACCUGCACCUCCAUGGGCAAGCAUCUGCUGUGCCCCCGGCAGAGAGAGCAGCACAGCGGGCUAGGUUUCCCAAGAGCCUUUGCACGAUAAUUCAGGGCUUUGCUAAUGUGCCCCUGUGACCUUAUCAGAGGAAUAUUAAUAUUUAUGAUGACACUUGAGUGAAGCUAGUAUUAUUGUCUAUAUGUCUCUUUGAAGGCUGUAAUGAACCAUUAUAUAAACUGUGGCAUAUAUGAACCGUAUAUGUAAACUGUAUAUGAACCGUUUAAUGGAUGAAUUACACUAUGCUAAUUGCCAGGAUGGUUGGGAGACAGAAGAUUAAGCUUAUUCUCUCAGGCCAAGAGGCUGGUGGAAAAUGUAUAAAAACCCUGGGACACCAUCCUGUUUUAACCCAGAUCUGCUUUGAGUUUCAAGAAGGGGAUACCCUGAGCCAUAAGGAUUGGGAUCCCCAGUCACUGACUGGAGUCACCCCAAAUAUGGACAUUGGACUAUAACCUAAAAGGACUUUUGGCAACUACAAACUCAUCUCUGAUAUGUAUGUGAACCUCAAGAAUUGAAUUCAAGUCUGUAUGCAUAUCGAUCUUUUAACCAACACACUCUCUCUUUUCUUUUUAAAUAAAUUUUAGUUUAGUUAACAA